GUCGAGUGUAUCGCAUAUGUUACAGGUGGCCCCAUGGAUGGAGAGAAGGGUGGUCGAGCCUCCAGCCGGAAUUCCUUGGCCAGGUUGUAUGCUUAGGCGGACCUCCUAACUCUGCGCGGAUACUCCCAGCCUGGUGGGAAUUCUCACAAUUAUUCCACUAUAUGAAACUGACAAACCAAAAGGAUCAUAGCAAUCCUGGUUUGCCACGAUUUUCCUUGGACUCACGCUUUACUUGCUUUACUCGAGUAUGAAAUUGAGGUUUAAUCGUUUCGGGGAUUUUACGGUCUCCAAUAUCAAGGAAGAAAUUCGGAGCAUACAACUGAUGACACUAACGUUGGUCAGAGAAAGCGUGCUCUUCUAUUUUCCCGUGUUUGGCAUAUUCAUUGCAUCCGUUCCGGUCGUCGUUGUCUACCGCACAGCUCUGGCCAAUGUCACUGCUUCGAUAAUUUUAGCCCUAUAUUCUUUCUGCGCCUCACGACUGAUAAUUCACAUCCGGGAAAGUUUCGUCCGACCAUCCCACGGCGAGCCGAGUCGAGAGAUUGAGCCAGUCAAUUUUGCAAUCCGCUCCUCGAUGGCAUCGCAUGCGGGGACGCACGCUUGACAGACGGUCCGACCUUCGGAGUUCAAUGUUGGACAUCGUCAAGUACAUUUGUGUCUGUUGGUGCUAGGUGUUACUGCAAUGCAGGAGCUAUAGAGAAACGCUCAAAACCGACAGAGGCUUGUGCUUCGAAUACCCUCCUUGCCGUUAUGCAAUCCCCAUACCAGUUGUUAUAGUGGAUCAUUUUUAGCCGUAGCAUCAGACGCUGUAUCUGUGACGGGUGUCUAAGGGAUAAAGAUCAAGCACAUGCGUGUCUCAGGUAUUCAGACCGGGUCG